AGCGGAGGGCCCAGUGCUGCCGGGCACCUGUAUGGAGAGCGGGGGUGCAGCCCUGUCCCCGCCCGGAUGGGGGAUCGGCAUUGUGCGGGAGGAGGUGCCGUGGGGGAGCGAUCUCCGUGGGCCAAGCCUUGCUUACGUUAAAGCUCCCCGGAUAAUUGGGGAGCCCUCUAGUUCCAGAACCCACCGACGUCCCAGUUUCCACGGAGGGGCCCCGUUCCGCCCGUCUGUCUGCAGUUGCCUCUCACAGGCCUAUGGCUGGAUGGAGCCUCCUGUGACGAUUCUGCCGGGCUCUUGCACCCUUUACAACAGGGUUUCUCAAACACUUGGACGCUGAGCUUCUUUCAGGAAGUGUAACAGAUCUUCCCCCUCCCCUUGCUAAAAACCUACCCAUCAUCAUUUAUGCAUCUACGUCUUCCUCUCCAGUCACUCCCUCACACCCGUGCUCUGGAAAGUGGCACUGUGUACACGAUAGACCGUGAAAACGAUCCCUUUAGCAUGUGGUCAAAAACUAGUUUUGGAAGAAUGAACUUUUCUAAAACCUAAAUCUAGUAGAAACACUUUUACAACUUUUUUUAAAAAGUCACUGAAAACUGCUGACUUUAAACAAAUAUUUCCUUAUAGCGUUUGACACCUAAACAUAACUGCAAUGAGAACCUACCGUGAAACUCACAAGAACAAUGCAAAAUGAAAAUGGAGCAUAAAUAACCUAUGUGACUGGCCCUCCACCUGACUCUAGUGGGAGAAUCUUUCUGAACAUGAUCCGAAUUGCAGCAUUGAAUGCCAGCUCCACAAUUGAGGAUGAGCAUGAAGGUACCUUCAAAAGUCACAAAACACAGACAAAGGAGGCUCAAGAGGCAGAAGCUUUUGCUCUGUAUCACAAAGCUUUGGACCUUCAGAAACAUGACCGAUUUGAAGAGUCUGCCAAAGCUUACCAUGAGCUGCUUGAGAUUCGUCUUCUGCGAGAGGCAGUUCUCUCUGGUGAUGAGAAGGAAGGGUUAAAACAUCCAGGCUUAAUGUUAAAAUAUUCCACCUAUAAAAAUCUAGCGCAAUUGGCAGCACAGCGAGAUGACCUGGAGACAGCCAUGGAGUUCUACUUAGAGGCUGUAAUGUUAGACUCUACUGAUGUCAACCUGUGGUAUAAAAUUGGUCGUGUUGCAAUAAGGCUAAUCCGUAUGCCACUGGCACGACAUGCUUUUGAAGAAGGGCUCAGAUGUAAUCCUGAUCACUGGCCUUGUUUAGAUAACCUCAUCACAGUCUUGUACACGCUCAGUGACUAUACAACAUGUUUGUAUUUUAUCUGCAAAGCUCUGGAGAAAGACUGCCAAUACAGCAAAGGACUGGUAUUGAAGGAGAAGAUUUUUGACGAGCAACCUUGCCUCAGGAAAGACUCGUUAAGGAUGUUCCUCAAAUGUGACAUGUCGAUCCAUGAUGUGAAUGUGAGUGCAGCUGAAACAAGAGCAAUCAUAGAUGAAGCAUUGGAGCUACGUAGAAGGAGGCAGGCUCUAAUGGUGCGAGAGAAAGAACCAGAUCUUAAGCUUGUCCAGCCAAUUCCCUUUUUCACGUGGAAGUGUCUAGGAGAAAGUUUACUUGCUAUGUAUCAUCACCUGACAACAUGUGAGCCUCCUCGACCUAGCCUGGGGAAGAGAAUUGACCUCUCAGAGUACCAAGACCCAGUCCAGCACUUGAUUCUUUCUCCUACCUCUACUCCUGUCAGUGUUAUCCAGCCCAAUCCUGUCAGCACUAAUCCAGUGGUUACAAUGAGUGACCCAUUAUUAACUUACACUCCAAUGACACCCAAUUUUUCCGGUCAUAGUGAGAAUUUACUGGAACCAGUAAUGCCUAUAGGUGACACAACUGUUAGUGAUAAAUCCAAGAAAGGGGUGAAGCGGAGGAAAAUCACAGAAGAUAGUGGUGAAACUGCAAAAAGGCGGUCUGCUCGAGUCCGAAACACCAAGUGUAAAAAGGAGGAGAAAGUUGACUUUCAAGAGCUGUUGGUAAAGUUUCUUCCUUCAAGGCUGCGGAAACUGGAUCCAGAGGAAGAGGAUGAUCCUUUCAAUAACUAUGAGGUGCAAUCAGAGAUCAAACAAGAGAAUUUCCAGCAUAUUGGACCACAUAGAAUGUCAUUUGACUCUACAACAUUCAUGGAAUCUGAGAAGCAGGAUGUUCAUGAAUUCCUAUUGGAUAACCUGAACAAUGGUGGCAUCCUAGAACUGAUGAUGAGAUAUCUGAAAGUAAUCAGCCAGAAGUUCCUGGUGAAGUGGCCACCUGGCUUGUCUGAGGUGGUCCUUAGUAUCUACAAUAGCUGGAGAAAGCAUAGUAGUAAUUUGCCCAACCCGUUACUGAGGGACUGUAGCAACCAGCACAUCAAGGAUAUGAUGCUGAUGAGUCUGUCUUGCAUGGAAUUACAACUUGACCAAUGGUUGCUGACGAAAGGGAAGAGCUCUACAGUUUCCCCUCGAAAUUGCCCUUCUGCCACUGUGAACGGAAAGUUUGGUCCUGAUUUCCCAGGAUCCCAUUUUCUGGGGGACUUGUUGCAGCUCUCAUUUGCAUCCUCCCAGCGAGAUCUGUUUGAGGAAGGUUGGCUGGAGUUUGUGGCUCGAGUGUAUUGGCUGAAGGCUCGCUUUCUAGCACUGCAGGGUGACAUGGAGCAGGCAUUGGAGAAUUAUGACAUCUGCACUGAAAUGCUGCAGAGUUCCACUGCACUCCAAGCCAAAGCUGGCAAUGAACACAGCAUUGUGAUCCGAUUACCUAACCUCCAUGUUGAUUCUGUUGUUUCUCUAGAAGAGAUUGACAAGAACCUCAAGUCUCUGGAGAGAUGCCAAUCUUUGGAGGAGAUCCAGCGACUGUAUGAGGCAGGGGAUUACAAGGCAGUGGUGCAUCUGCUUCGCCCAACCUUGUGCUUUAGUGGAUAUGGUAGGGCUAAACAUCUGGAAUUUGUUAUAUCUAUACCAGAGAGACCAACACAGUUACUUCUGCUGCAGGAUUCCCUGCUGAAACAGAAGGAUUACAGGCAAUGUUUUGAAUGCUCUGAAGUUGCCUUGAACGAAGCAAUUCAGCAGAUGAUUAACCUGACAGUAGCGUCUGCUAAAGAAGAGUGGGUUGCUACAGUAACACAGCUGCUCAUGGGGAUUGAUCGCUCACUGUCAUCAGACAGCAGCAUCCUGAAGGAAUCUUCUGUAACGCUGAGCCUCAUUCGACUAACAAACAACCUCAUUCAGAUUAUAGAUUGCAGCAUGGCAAUCCAGGAGGAAGCCAAAGAGCCAUAUGUCUCGUCAGUGCUUCCCUGGAUUAUUUUGCACCGGAUUAUCCAGCAUGAAGAAGAUGCCUUCCGAUCCCUUUGCUGUCAGCAGCAGCAGCUCCAAAGCCAGGGCGAGGAAGUGAGUCCUGACACACCUAUGCUGCCUCCUUCCCUCAUGUUACUGAACACCGCCCAUGAGUACCUAGGAAGAAGAUCUUGGUGUUGUAACUCAGAUGGCGCCCUUCUCAAAUUCUAUGUGUGGGUACUGCAAAAGGAGCUUGCAGUGUCUACCUCUGAAGAUACUCAUCCCUACAAAGAGGAACUGGAGACAGCCCUGGAGCAGUGUUUUUACUGUUUGUACAGCUUCCCAAGCAAAAAGAGCAAAGCAAGGUACCUGGAAGAGCAUUCUGUGCAGCAGGUGGAUCUGAUGUGGGAAGAUGCGUUAUUCAUGUUUGAAUAUUUUAAGCCCAAAACCCUCCCUGAGUUUGAUAGCUACAAAACCAGCACUGUAUCUGCUGAUCUGGCCAACCUUCUGAAGAAGAUUGCUACGAUUGUUCCUCGAACAGACAAGCCCAUGUUAAGCCUAGAUGAUGUCUCUGGCUAUAUUGAAGGAACCUUCAGCAAGGUACCAUCUCUCCCAGAGGGUGCAGACUACUCUCCUCCAGUGGUGACUGAGCUGUAUUACCUCCUGGCAGACUACCACUUCAAGAAUAAAGAGCAAUCUAAGGCCAUUAAAUUCUACAUGCAUGACAUCUGUAUUUGUCCAAACAGGUUUGAUUCUUGGGCUGGCAUGGCGCUGGCUAGAGCAAGUCGAAUUCAGGACAAAUUGAACUCCAAUGAACUGAAGAGCGAUGGCCCCAUUUGGAAGCACUCUACUCCCGUCCUCAACUGCUUUAAACGAGCCCUGGAGAUCGACAGCUCCAAUCUCUCUCUCUGGAUAGAAUAUGGCACCAUUUCCUAUGCCCUGCACUCUUUUGCAUCCCGACAGCUGAAGCAGUGGAAGUUAGAACUUCCCCCUGAAGUUGUGCAGCAGCAUCUUGUCCCAUUGCAGAUGGAAGAGCGUCGAGACAGCAUGUUGGAGACAGCCAAACUCUGCUUUACUUCGGCAUCUCGCUGUGAGGGAGAUGGAGAUGAAGAAGAGUGGCUUAUUCACUACAUGCUGGGAAAGAUUGCAGAGAAGCAAAAGCAGUCUCCAGCUGUCUAUCUGCUUCAUUACAAACAGGCAGGUCACUACCUCCAUGAAGAAGCUGCCAGGUAUCCAAAGAAGAUUCACUACCAUAACCCACCAGAACUGGCCAUGGAGGCAUUAGAGGUUUACUUCCGGCUUCAUGCCUCUAUUCUGAAACUUGUGGGGAAGCCAGACUCUGGGGUGGAUGCGGAGAUAUUACUUACUUUCAUGAAGGAGGCUUCUGAGGGACCAUUUGCCAGGGGUGAAGAGAAGAACACUCCAAAAGUUACAGAAAAGGAAAAGACUUGCAUGAUUGAUGAAGACUCUCACUCUUCUGCUGGAACAGUACCAGGCCCUGGGACUUCCCUCCCCUCAUCCUCUGGUCCAGGUCUGACAUCCCCACCUUACACAGCCACUCCAGUUGACCACGAUUACGUCAAAUGUAAAAAACCCCGUCAGCAGGCAACGCCGGAUGAAAGGAGUCAGGACAGCACAGCAGUGGUGCUCUCUGAUUCUAGCUCCACACAGGACAUCUUUAAUGAACCUGCCAGUUCUCAAGACAGUUCGAGGAAGCCUUACUCAGAGAAGAGGAUUUCCACUUCCUGUUCAGAUGUGAUGGCAUCCUGCAAAGAAACUCUAGGAUCUGAAGACGAAAGAGGAAAGUCAGAAGAACCCUUGGAGAACUCUGAAUCUUAUCAUGCAGCUGAGCAUAGUGUCCAGAAAGUUCUUUUAGAUGCCCAAGCAUCAUCUGGCAUCCCUAUCAAGGCUACAGUUCCCCCACCUUCACAGUGGGACUGUAAGAAGAAAGCUGAAUCUUGUGGAGACGCAUCUGAGUUUCCCCAGUGUCUUCCAGCAGAUCUUGAAGAGCAACGCAAAUUCCUGACAGAACAAUGCAUCACCUCCUUCCGUUUGUGUCUGAGCCGUUUCCCCCAGCACUAUAAGAGCCUCUACAGACUGGCCUUUCUGUAUGCGUACAGCAAAACACACAAGAACCUCCAGUGGGCCCGAGAUGUGUUGCUAGGCAGCAGUAUCCCAUGGCAGCAACUGAAGCACAUGCCAGCACAGGGUCUCUUCUGUGAGAGGAACAAGACUAAUUUCUUCAAUGGAAUCUGGCGAAUCCCUGUGGAUGAAAUCGACCGCCCGGGCAGCUUUGCAUCUCAUAUGAACCGCUCCAUUGUCUUGCUGCUGAAUGUGCUGUCUCAGCUCAAGGAUUACAACACCCUGCUGAAAGUCUCCUCCAUGCUGCAGAGGACACCUGAUCAGGGAAAAAAGUACUUACGGGAUGCAGAUCGUCAAGUUCUUGCACAAAGAGCCUUUGUUCUCACAGUGAAAGUAUUGGAGGACACACUCAACGAGCUGACAGAGGUAUCAGAAGAUCAAGGUUCCAAAUCUUGUAGCCUUGCAGUAGGAAAGAUGACAACAGACGUCUCCAACAAAGCUAGUGCUGAAGAAGGGAAGGAGGUUCUUCCCAAAAAGCCAGGCUUCUCUGAUGGAGCAGUAUGUGGUACUGAGAAUGGAGUAAAAGAAGUGACCCAGAGACAAACCCUCAAUGCUAUGGACACAUUGGAACAAGAGGAUAAGAAUGACAAGGAGAUGAAAGAGGGCCGCAGGCCUGGCUCAGUUGAGCCCAUGGAUUUUGAUGGAUAUUCCAAAGACCCUGAAAAAAUUGAUUCUUCCUUUAAACAUACUGAGCCAGAUCGUGUUCAGUCUGGCAGGAACUCAAAGGACAAAACCCCUGAAAGCAGGACUGCAGAACUCUCCCUGGAGGAGUUAAGUAUCAGCUCAAAACAGCAACAACAGCAGGCAGCUAAAGGAACAGUUCAGGCAGCACCUGUGGAGGAAGCUGUCCAGAGAGCAAACAGAAAGAGGAAGUUAAUAGAUGAUGCAGAGUCUGGGAAAACUCUGUUACUGGAUGCCUACCGGGUGUGGCAACAAGGUCAGAAGGUCAUGGCCUAUGACCUGGGCAGGAUUGAGAAGAUCAUGUCAGAAACAUACAUGCUGAUUAAACAGGUGGAUGAGGAAGUGGCCCUGGAACAGGCAGUCAAGUUCUGUCAGGUACAUAUGGGAGCCUCCACACAGAAACAGUCCAUAGGGGAAACGCCAACAACCCCAAAGCAUAUAAAGGACAAUAAAGAGAGCUUCUUUCCAGCAACACUGCCUCCUACACCAGUAAAUCCAGACACUGUGACUUCUGAAAACCUCCUAAAACUGAACGACCUUCAUUCCAAACCCAAGCCAGCAUCCUCUUCCUCCUCUUCCUCUUCCUCCGCAUCUUCUUCAGUGCCCCCACCGCACACACCACACAAGGACAUCGAGCCACACCAACGCCAGAGUGCAGAGACUGCUCCCAGCAUGUCUUACAUUGCGCAUGAGGAGGAGGAGCUGGAAGGACCUUUGGAAGGGCUUGGAUUUCAGCAGCAAGAGUCCCGACUUUGCCAACAGAUGAAAAUGGCUACUGUUGCUCCAUCAGCUGAGGCUGCACGCUGGCAAGUGGAAUCAGUGACCAGCACAAGCUCAGGACAUAUCUGUACCCAAGCCUCCAGUUCCAAGCCAGAAGUCAGUUCCAAUUCACAUUCCUUGGGAAGCCAGCAGAACAAAGCAGACAGCACCAGAGUAAAAACCCGCAUUCUGCCCACUAUGCCAAAGCUUUUUAUCCCUUCAUCUAUCACCAAAUUCCCACCUGAGAUCACUGUCACCCCACCAACACCAACCUUACUUUCUCCAAAGGGCAGCAUUUCAGAAGAGACAAAGCAAAAAUUAAAGUCUGCUAUUUUGUCUGCUCAGUCUGCAGCAAAUGUAAAGAAGGAGAGUCUUUGUCAGCCAGCAUUGGAGAUCUUAGAAACCUCAAGCCAAGAGUCCUCACUGGAGAGUGAUACUGAUGAAGAUGACGACUACAUGGACAUAUAAAUAGAUUGCAGUGGUCAUCACCAACAACACCAACCAUAUAACCAUUCUUCUGUUGCCAGCAUCUCUGCCAGACAGUACAUCUUGCUCUUCGUUGGCAUUGUCCUCCAAUUAAUCUUCAUCAGCAUUUUGUCAUUCACCUCCAUUAUCUUCACCACCAUCACUGCCUCUGUAUUGCCUUCAAAAACUUCUCCAUCCUACCUAUCAUGGUGCUUGAUGGAAAGAAUGAUUGGUCACCAGCCAGUUAAUUCAUCUGGACCAAAACACCACCCUUAAACUCCAGUAAAGCCAGUCUUGUGAGCUGCAAGCAUUUCUUUCUACUUGCUCUUGCUUCUCCAAACCAGAUCCUUGGGAGCCAUUCCAGUGGCUUUUUCUUUAAACCUUCCCUUUAGCUGUCUUUUAGCAUUUCUCCCAAGUUGACUUUUCCUCCAGAUAAUUUAGCAGCCCGGGCUCCUGCUCUGUGUUUCCAGCAUCUCCAGCAAAGAUGAGUGGAGGGAAGAAGUUGGCAAACCAGCAAAGGUUUCUCCUGCCAUCACUGAUUUCCUAUGCCUUCUGGAGAGAAUUGGUGAGUGUUUGGCUUCUUGGCACAGCCACAGGACAUGUCAGAAGUUGGCUGGAUGACAGAUAACCAGGAAGUUGGGUUUCCAAUGUGGGCAGAAGUUUUGUCCCUCCCAAAUUGUGCUCAUUUCACCCUUAAGUGUUAAGUCUAAUAAAAUAUUAUUUACCUGAAUGUUGGCUCAAAGAACUGGACUGAAGACACAUCUUCCAGCAUUGUCUUAUGGUCCCUUCUCUUCUAAUUGCCUUGGACAAGCAUUUUGGGCCAGGGGCUAGAUGAUAUUUUUAUGGUGAUAUUGGGGAAUGUUAUAGAUUUCAAUACCAUUUCAGUCUGUUUUUUACAGAAUGACACGAAAAGGUGUUUUUUAUCUAUCUGAAGAGGGAUUGCUCACAGUUAUUUAUAUGGGAAAAUAAUGGUAACAAACAGCAUCUUUUUCUACUGAAUGUUAACUUUGUAAAAUAAUGAAUGCAAACCAUGCAAAAAAUAUAUACAUGCCACAUAUAUAAUAUGCAUACAGCUUGCCAUGUUAGAUUGCUCUUUGUGUUUGGGGGGAGGUGUGUUUUUGUGCAGUGCGGAGCUUUGUAUAAACAUUUUUUCUAAUAAAGUUAAAAUGUACUCA